AUGGUACAUGAGAAACGCGAGUGCGAGGUGGAGGACAGAGACGAUGAAGACCGAGGGGAUGACCACAACCAGGUCAAUAUCAAACAGAAUGCAGAAAACGAAGACAUAUGCAAUGGGUGUGGGAAAGAGCUAGCCAAAAAAUUGAGCUGCCCAAUAUGCUUGAAAAAAAAAAUUUACAGCUAUUUUUGCACACAGGAAUGUUUCAAAAAUUCGUGGAAAGAACAUGUGGAAAAAGUACAUGAAAAGUGGGAAAAAAAGGAGAAAGAGGAAAAAGGAAAUCAUCAUAUCCAAAGGGUCAAUAACGAAGAGGAAGAAAAAAAAAAGUUAAUGGAAAUCAUAAAAAAAAAAUUAUCACCUGAACAUUUUGAUCCAACGAACAGAAAAUAUUGGAUUUAUGACAGGCAUUUGAAAAAUUUCGUCAAUUUUGUAUUUACGGGGAAUUUGAGACCUUGGCCAAUAACAGAAAUCAAUGCCGUGCCGGCACAUAUAGAAAGGCCAGAUUAUGCAUUCACAUCCAUCCCCGAAUCGGAGUUAAAGUAUAAAAGGAAAAGCGAUAUAUAUGUGAAUAGCCAAGACGAAAUUGAAAAAAUAAGGGAGGCAUGUAUUUUGGGAAGGAAAACAUUGGACUAUGCCCAUUCGUUAGUAGCACCAGGAGUAACUACUGAUGAGAUUGACAAAAAAGUUCACAAAUUUAUUAUAGAGCAUAAUGCUUAUCCUUCAACUUUAAAUUAUUAUAAAUUCCCCAAAUCGUGUUGCACAUCUGUAAACGAAAUUGUAUGUCAUGGAAUUCCUGACUUGAGACCAUUACAAAAUGGGGACAUAAUCAAUAUCGAUAUCAGUGUCUUUUUAAAAGGAGUGCAUGCAGAUUUGAAUGAAACGUUUUUUGUUGGUGAUGUGGAUCAGGUGUCAAAGGAGGCUAAGGAACUUGUACAGACAUGCUACUUUUCCCUAAUGGAAUCGAUAAAAAAAUGCAAACCAGGGAUGUUAUAUAAAAAUAUUGGGAAUAUCAUAGAUUCCUAUGUUUCCAAAAAGGGUUUUUCUGUGGUACGUACUUACUCGGGUCAUGGAGUUGGGAAAUUAUUUCAUUCCAAUCCUACUAUUCCUCAUUUUAAAAAAAAUAAAGCCGUUGGAAUUAUGAAGGCUGGUCAUGUGUUCACCAUUGAGCCGAUGAUAAAUCAGGGACACUACUGUGAUGUCUUGUGGCCUGACAAGUGGACCAGUGCCACGUCUGAUGGGAAAUUAUCUGCCCAGUUUGAGCACACUUUGUUAAUUACCGACAAGGGCGUCGAAAUUUUGACCAAGCGGCUGACGGACUCGCCGAGUUUGGGAUUCGACACGAGGGAUGAUUUGUACGAGCCCAUUUGCGGCAACCAUUUCGAGGAGUACGCUGACGAGGAGGGGUGCAACUGUGCAAUUGUUGUGCGUUGUCCGCGUUUUUACGUAUCACCCUUCGCCGUUAAACCGGUGCCGCAUUUCGUCUGA